AGUUGAUUGAGUACGUUACGUUAAAAGUGUGUGACGGGAGACGCCAUGUCACAGUCACGUCAAUCAACAUCGUCAAUUCCUCCUGAGCUUCGAGUGGAUUUAAGUGAAAUAGUGGAAGACUUGUUAGCCUUUCACUAUGAUGAUAUUAGCACUUCUGUGUCGGAUAACACAAACUCUACGAAUCCUUUGACGACUAGCGGACCAAACAGUGCUGAUCUCGUUCGUCGGCUUACUCGUAUGCGUUCAAACAUACAACGAGCUCAAGAAGCAGUACGUAAACUGACCACUUGUGAUCUAGAUCUUCCUGCUCAAGAGAAACUAUUAUUAGCUGUUGCAAACUCUUGUGUAACUAAACGUCAUUUAGUAUGUAUGUUGAAGACUGAACUUGAAAAGUUAUCAUCUAAAGAUUCUGACUGUUAUUUUGAGUAAUUCUUUUGUUCCUACUACUCUUCUUUUUUCGAUAUCCUUCUUGAUAAUUGUGUACAGUUUUUUAUAAAAAUAUUGAUAAAA